AGAAAGUGCAAGCUCCACACCAACAGGACCAGAGGUCGGGAUUGAACUGAGUUACUGGAGAUAUGAGGUGACAUCCCCACCUUUGGGUGUUUUUGUACAUGAACGACUGCCGUUAAUAUGCAGAUGCCCCAGAAUGAGACAGUUUGUAAAUAUUGUGGAGUUAGUUAUCUGAUACAUCAUGAAAUGAAAUUAAUGGAAGAAAAACUAAAAGCAAUGGAAGCAGAAUUGGAAUUUUACCGUGGCAGUGUAGCCCGGGAAAAAACACUGCAAAGAGAGCUUUGUUCAAUAAAUCAGUGUAUGGCACAACUGAAAAAUGAUAAUCAUGAGAAGAAAGAAAGUUUGAACUUUUUGAAUGGGCAACUUGCAGCUAAACAGAAAGAACUGGAAGACACAUUUCUGCAAAUGGAAGGUGUUUCAGACCAGCUAAGAGAAGCACAGAGCCAACUAAAACUUUACAGAGAAAGAGCAAAGCAGCAAGGGCACAUUGUGAAGCAAGCAGCCACUUUUCUUCAGGGAAUAAGGACGGAGCUAACCAUGCUUAAGGAAGAUGUAAGGGGCAAUUUGAUGAUCUGGGACCCUUUCAGCAAAACGUUGGCACGAUGUCUGAAGGUCACCAACAGUUCCAUACAGAUGGAAAUUUUUCAAUUGCAAGAAAGCCUUAAGAGAUCUAAUGAAGAGGUGGAUGCCCUUCAGAAUCAAGUCAAAGAGCUACAUGUUACGACAAAUACAGUUGCAUUACAAAGCCAACAAAUUAAUGAUUUAGCACAGAAGAAGACUGAACUUGAAAUCAGAUGUCAUGAUUCACAGGAACAGGCACUUGUUCUAGAAAAACAACUCAUUACUCAGCAGCUUAAUUUCCAAAAAGUUACUAAAGAAAUGGAACACUACAAGGAGUUGUUAUUGGAUAAAUCUGAAGUGGAAGAUCUUCUGUCAAAAAUAAAUGAACUAGAAUGUGCACAUGAAGAACAACGAUCAAGGUAUUGCAAAGAAAUUAAAGAAAAAGAGGAAAAAUGGCUGCAUUUUGAACAGAAGUACAAAAGUUUGGAAGAACAACUUGAAGAAAAAGUCCGUAAGGAUAGAGAAGUAGAAAACCAAACUUCAAAAUCACUAGGUGAACUUCUAACUCUACAAACUACCCUAAGUCAAGCAGAAGAGAAACUUGCUGCACUAACACAGGAAAGGGAACAGAUGAUAAUUUCACAUCAAAAUAGGAUUGAGCAACUACAAGAAAGCUUUAGACAGAAUUUAAGAAAUGAAGAAAGCUGGAGAGAAAAAAUGGAUUCAGAACUGUCCAAGCAGCAUGAGAAACAUUGCACAGAACUCAAGGAGUUAACACAGCAAAUGAAGGAAGAGGCAAAGUUUCAAAUAGAUAUUGAGAGAGAAAGACAUCAGGAACUAAUAACCAAAUACAGAGAAGAAUUUAAGACACUCCAGGCAAAGGUUCCUGAAUUGGUCAGUACUGCCACCAGUAAAUUACACAUGGAAGUAAACAGGAUGAAAUCAAAGCUUGAAGAAACCCAGUGCCAGAUAACGCAGAAAGACCAUUACAAAGAUGAUGAAAUCAGUAAACUGGUAAAAAUAAACUCUCAGCUGGAGAUUCAGUUAAAACAAGAACAGAACAAAGCAGAGUUCAUGAAUGAGGGAUUUAGGAGUGAAAUGCGACAGAAAUCUGCAGAGAUAAGAGAAAGCAAGCAAGAGAUACUGCAACUAAAAGAGGCGCUAGACCAGGCUGAGAAAGAGAAUACUUUUCUUGCAGAAACUGUGCGCAGAGAAUGUGAGGAGCGUUAUGAGCUCACUGAAGCUCUGAGUCAAGCCAAAGAACAGUUGAUGGAAUUAAAAAGACUCAGUGGAGAACCUUCACCUUCUUACUAUUCAAUCAGCCAAAGAAGUAUCAGUUCUUCUUCAAGUAAUCAGGAAUGUAAGACUCAAAGAUCUCCCUCCAACAGCAGUAGGUCUAAAGUCAAUGGCUUUCAAGGGCACCCAGCAAAAGCUAUUUCCUUACAUAGUUCUGGAUGCUCUGCUUUACCAGCCAUUCCAAUACACCAUCCAUCCAAAGGCAGUACAUUAUCUGCAAGUGAAAUCAAACAAAGGAUUGCAGCAGCAGUGAAGAGAAAAUAGUCCGCUUCCAAAUUCAAGAUGCAGGUAUUUGAGAAAGAAAUCAUCUUGAGUAGACUGUUCAUCUUUGUUCAUUCUUCAUCAUGUUAGGUUCUAGAGAUGAAUUUAAACUAUGUGUUUUCAGCAAACAAUACAAAACUGUUGUGUAUUCAUAGAAAUUCAUUAAUAAUUUUAAUACAAUUUAACAGAAUGAUUCUGACAUCACAGAACUACUUUCUGACAAAUACAAUCACCCUCCUGUCCACUUAUGUAGAAUACUUCCUUGUACUUUCUCGAGUGCUUGUAUACUUUCAUUUUGAGCAUGAAGGGUUACAAAAUCACACAAAAUGCUGGAGGAA